AUGAAAUUUUUUUACCUUUCACUUGUUCAUACUUUUCUUUUAAUAGUAUUGUAUUGUUUCUACGGAUCAUGUGCACCUACUGAAACAAUACAACAAGUUAGAAGGAACAAAAGAAGUUUUAAAAUACCACAUGAUCCUAAUGAUUCAACAGGCGAAGCAGUGGAAAAAUUUUUAGAGCAAUGGGCUAGUUAUGAACAUACUGCAAUACAUGUAACAACAACAGCAACUCCUACAACAGAACCUCCUACAACAGCAGCUCCUACAACAGCAGCUCCUACAACAGCAGCACCUACAUCAGCGGCACCUACAUCAGCGGCACCUACAACAGCAGCACCUACAUCAGCGGCACCUACAUCAGCAGCUCCUACAACAGCAGCUCCUACAACAGCAGCUCCUACAACAGAAGCUCUUACAACACCAGUAACUACAAAAGCAGUAUCUAAAACAACACGCUCUCUUGAUGAAGUAAUGCGACCAUAUUAUCCAUUUAAUAAGAAAUAA